UCUCCUCCUCUGUUUAAAUAGACUAGCCGUGUCAAUCAUUUUCUUCUUCGUCAGCCUCCCUUCCACCGCCAUAUUGGGCCACUAAAAAAGGGGGCUCGUCUUUUCGGGGUGUUUUUCGCCCCCUCCCCUGUCCCCGCUUGCUCACGGCUCCGCGACUCCGACGCCGGCAAGGUUUGGAGAGCGGCUGGGUUCGCGGGACCCGCGGGCUUGCACCGCCCGGACUCGGACGGGCUUUGCCACCCCCUCCGCUUGCCUGGUCCCCUCCCCGCCCCUCCCCGCCCUCCCACUCGCCAGUCCACUUGAUCAGCGGAGACUCGGCGGCUGGGCAGGGGCUUCUCCGCAGCCCCAUCCCGCAGACCCUGCGCGCUCCUGUAGCUCGGGCCGUGGCUCGUCCGGGUCCGUGUCUUUUGGCUCCGAGGGCAGUCGCUGGGCUCCCGAGUGUGGUUCGGGCUGCGUAGGGGCGUUUUGUUUUGUUUCGUGUUUUUGAGAGUGCGAGAGAGGCGGCCGUACAGACCCGGGGGGAAGAUGUCAAACGUGCGAAUGUCUAACGGGAGCCCCAGCCUGGAGCGGAUGGACGCCAGGCAGGCGGAGCACCCCAAGCCCUCGGCCUGCAGGAACCUCUUCGGCCCGGUGGACCACGAAGAGUUAACCCGGGACUUGGAGAAGCACUGCAGAGACAUGGAAGAGGCGAGCCAGCUCAAGUGGAAUUUCGAUUUUCAGAAUCACAAGCCCCUGGAGGGCAAGUACGAGUGGCAAGAGGUGGAGAAGGGCAGCUUGCCCGAGUUCUACUACAGACCCCCGCGCCCCCCCAAAGGCGCCUGCAAGGUGCCGGCUCAGGAGAGCCAGGAUGUCAGCGGGAGCCGCCCGGCGGCGCCUUUAAUUGGGGCUCCGGCUAACUCUGAGGACACGCACUUGGUAGACCCAAAGACUGAUCCGUCCGACAGCCAGACGGGGUUAGCGGAGCAGUGCGCAGGAAUAAGGAAGCGACCUGCAGCUGACGAUUCUUCUACUCAAAACAAAAGAGCCAACAGAACAGAAGAAAAUGUUUCAGACGGUUCCCCGAAUGCCGGUUCUGUGGAGCAGACGCCCAAGAAGCCUGGCCUCAGAAGACGUCAGACGUAAACAGUUCGAAUUAAGAAUAUGUUUCCUUGUUUAUCAGAUACAUCACUGCUUGAUGAAGCAAGGAAGACAGACGUGAAAAUUUUUAAAGUACAUAUCGCUGACUUCAUGGAAUGGACAUCCUGUAUAAGCACUGAGAAGCAACAACACAAUAACACUAAAAUUUUAGGCACUCUUAAA